ACCCUCUUCCCUUCUUUUCCAUCGGUAGACACCUUGGCUUCUUAUGAUUUACCUUGCAUACGCUCUCUUCUUCCCCUGCAGUACUUCUCUCUUUCUCUCUCUCUCCAACAAAACCUAGCCUACCGGUACCCGCCUACCUGGCCACGACCGGCUUCCGUUCUUUUAUUCCCCCGUCACUAUUUCAACGGGUAACCCUUUUUUUUUUCCAAGUUUUUCUUUUUUUAAAAAAAAUAAAAUAUAUUCCACUCAUUCUUGCUGUAAUUAUCAUUACCGAAAUUGUUAUGACGAAGCAGUUCCGGGAAUUGCAGUGUUUGCAAGUUCUUCUCAGGGACGAUAUUGGUGAGUUGGUGAAUUUUUUCAUCUUUUGGUGAUUUUGUGUAUGUUUUUAUUUUUAUUUUUUUUACCCUCUCCUUUUGUUUCCCAUUCGCCGUGCAUACGAUGCGAUACAUAGUCUAUCGUUCCGGUACCGUGCAGAACAUACAUACCCGUACAGUAUGGUUACUGGUGGAAACCGUUGCUAUUAUCAUUCAGUCAGUUUUCCCGUCCCCCCGUAACUAUCUCCCCCUCCCUCCCUGCUCCGCUCUGCUCCAGUUCACGCCAAUCCAAUUGAAGCACGGGAACUCCUAAACAAAUAAACUUGGGGUACAAAGCGAGUGAGGAAGCGACUUUGAGCACAACUGCCUGGUUAUUCCUAUUCAUUUUCCUUGGGGGGCUUUCCCAUUCUUACAUACCCUUCCUUUCCCCUGUUCUUUCUCAUCCUUUUGCCCCGCACUACUACGUUUUCAAGGGACUAGAUCUCGUUACUUAUUCCCGUUGUUGUUGUUGUUGCGAAACCAUUGUUGUUAUCCGUACUCGUACAAAGAAAAAGUAAAAAGAAAGAGAGCCUAACGGGAGAGGACGUCGUCGUGUCAUUACCUUUUUCCCUCAAUCCAGACGAGCGAACCGAAGAGAUACAGCAGCUUGAACAGAUUACCGUCGGCAUGAACGGGAACUCAUACCCCCCCGAACCCGAAUUCCCGGACGCACCCUCGCGCGAAGACUCGGCAUCACUCGUACCGAACGGAGACAGCAAUUACGAUGCGCCGGGGUCUGGCGGUGCCAAUCUCUCACGGAUCACGACGGGCAAGAGCGGGAGGGUUAUAGAACGGCUCAUGAGCGAUGUCGACAGGUUUUUAGCACCGCCUCUACGCCAGUCAUCAAACCCGAGUGCGGGUCAUGGGAGCGGAGGGUAAAGCAGGAACUAAUGGAAUCUACGUAGGUUAAAACGGGAACUUAGAGUCGAAACCACGGCCCGCGAAGAAGAACGAAAAGCCAAGGAAGCGAUAAAGUCCUCCCGGGACUCGCUGCAGAGCACGAACAAUAACUUGAUACACCAGACCAACGUUGACAAAGCCUCCCUCGCCCGGAAGGACCGAAAAAUUGAAGAGCUGAAGGCUGAACGGGAAACCGAGCGAGCGAGAAGACUGGAGUCGGACACGAGCUUGAGCGAGCACAUUCGACAGAGCAACGAGCAAUUACAAGAGCUAAAAACCCAGCUCAGCCACGAAGUCGCCGAGCGAAAACGCGCCUCAAACCAGUACGAAGUGCUGCUCCAGAGCUGGAAACACCUCGAUGAGGGCUAUGCGGGGCGGGUGGAUAAGCUCCGAGAGGAACUAGAAGGGCUGCACAGUGGCCGGCUGAAGGACAGGGAGCUGCUCAGGAGGCUGGAGGUCACGAUUGAACAGCAGCAGCAGGAAUUGGAAAAGUUGAGAUCCGCCAAGAAUAGGAUCUCGGAUAAGUACCUCAAGGUCAUACACGAGGCCGAGGGCGAGAUUGAGGACAUCAGGACUCUCGCAAAGGUCGCUGAGAAGGAGACCACCGAGACACUCACCGAGGCGAAGGAUACGCUGGGUCAGUUACGGCACGUGCUUAAUGUACAGAGGGACUUGAGGAAAAGAUAGGUAAGGAGGAGAACCCGUGCUGGAAUUGGAAUUGGAAAUGGAACGGAACGAAUUUGUCGAUUUGGCGCAGGCAAUGGGUUAGGAGUUUUUCUUUUUUUCUUUUUUCUUUUCUUUCUCUUUCUCUUUUUCUUCCCAUCUUUUACAAGAUUGAACAAGAGGCUUCGUCAAUAUUCUCACCGUGGAUAUCUCUUGAUCUUGCCCUGCAUCUUUACACGCUUCCUCAAUUCUCUCCUUAUCUCCAUGUGCUGUUGACUACUCCCACCACUUUUUUCUUCAGUUCUUGACACCAUCGCAUCGCAUCUCAUCGCAUCGCAUCGACUGCUUCUAUCAUGCAUAUAUACAUACACAUCGCAGCCAUGACAUGACAUGAGCAUACGAUAGAAACGUUCACAAUCCUCACAAAUUUCUCUCCCGGAGCCUUCUUCCUAGACGCAGGUGAAAGGAGAGGAAAGAAAAAAAAAAAAAAAAGAAUGGUUCUCUCACUUUUGUUUUUUUUUGCCCCCAUUUCCUCUAUUCUCUUAAUACUAGCAUAGCUCGCUCGGGUUACCCCCCCUCUCCCCCAUGGGCGUUGAUAACGGUAUGGUUAUGGUUACGGUAAAUGGUUACUCGAUUUGGUUUUAUUCUCCUAUUAUAUGGAUUUCUUUUUUUCCUUCUUUUUCCUAAUGUUCUCGAUUUGCAAACGGAGUUUUUCUUUUUUUCCAUUUCAAAAUUUAAUUUAGUGUUCGAUGUGAUUGUUGACAAUUUGGAUUAAAGAGUGAUUGAGAAAAGAGCCCUCAACUUUCUGUAGAGACUUGUCACGUUUUUUGAUCUUUCUUUGCAUCAUGGUCAAAGUGAGCGAUCCCCUGGGAUCCCCAUAGCAGCAAACAUCACACGACAGCCGGAACAGCCCCAAAACUAACCACCCCACAGCCCCUAUCAUACUCCACACUCUCCCUCCCUUCCUCCCCUCACAGAAUCACGACAUCUCACUCGCAUCUUGAUCCCGUCACCACCUCACUCACUCGAUUUCACUUCUCCUGAGCCUCCCCGGGAACCGCCACAUCCUCAAACUCAUCCUGCGCGACCGCCCUAAUCGUAUACACAUCUACAACCCCGCUCAAUCCCCCCCCCCCCCAACCCAAUACACACAUUAGCCCACUACAGUACAACUUUUACCACUCACCACCACACGACAAGACAAGACGACUCACAAAUUGAAGCGGUAAUGCCGAAAAUGGCGACGCCCGUGACCAGAUUCUUCACGAGGAAGGGCUUUCGAGCGCGGAUCAGGGAGGCUCCUUGACGUUGGUCUGGUUGGUAGUAUGUUGAACGGGGGAGGCUGGUUUUCGUUUGUUUGUUAGUUCGGGCGAAGGAGGGAAGGGAGGGGGGGAAGGAGGUACACGAGGUGUUUGAGGGUUGGGCGCAUUUUGGUGUGAUGUUUUGGGUUGUGAGGUUUUGGUGGUGGUGGUGGUGGUGGUGGUGGAUGGGAUGGGUAGACUGCCGUACGGGAUGUAGGAGAUUUGGGAUGAUAUUUUGGUGGUUUGGGUUGUUGGUGGGGUGAUUGGUGGGAUUUUGCCAAGAGUGUUUUUGGGGUGAUUUAUGUUCUGUUGUACGGUACUCGCGCGUUGCCUUUUUGUUGAUCAUGGUAGCGAUAGGUAUCAUAAUUGAUUGCUUGUGUGAGCACUUUUACCGGUAUUAGUUUAGCAUGAUCCGGUACGGUAU